AUGCCAAAUGUUGAUGCCUUUAUUUCUUCACCUGCUUCUGGUUCUACUUCACCUACUGCUUCUCCUCCCCCUAUUAUGACUGUUCAUAUUGAAUCUUCCACCAACCUACUCUUGGGAUUCAAAUUGAAUGGAAGGGUUUCUGUGUUCUGCCAUGCUCAUAGGGUUUCUAUGUUUUGCCUUACCUACUGUCGUGCUCAUAAGGUUUAUGUGUUCUGCUAUGUGCCCUAUUUGUUAGGGUUUGCUCUUGUGUUUCUGCUGCGAACUUUGAUUUGGUUUGUCAAUUGUUUCACUCAUGGUUUACGACAAGACCCUCUCUAUAGUUGUUCGAUUUGGUUAAUGUUGAGUAUAGUGUUCUAUGACUUGCUUCUCAAGUUGGGCAUGCAAAACAUCUUUGCGCCAACUUGA